UCUUUGCUCUCCUUUCUCUCUCUUAAUACCCCCUUCGCUCUUACCGGAGAGACAGAACCCCACUUACAGAGAUACUAGCWGCAYUACCCAACCCWAACCACYGACAUGGCAACUGCAAGCUCCUCUGGACUGUCUAGCCUGGGAAGGAAAAAGAAGGCCCCUGGCCUUAUGGAUCAAAUUGGGAACUUCUUUGGAGGGGACAAGAAGAGGAAGAGCAAGGGUUCCUUCCGUGGCCUGUCCUCCUCUCCUGCCAGACCUGCCAAGGCAGCCCCUAAGGGUGGGGAGAACGCUGUUGUACGCCUCUUCAGAACGAUCGUGUCCCCUGCCCCUCCUAAGUCUAGGGGCUCUCAGAAGUCAACAGGAUCCGCUAAGGCAAAGAAGGCCGGUGCAGGAGACAGCGGAACCCUGUCCAAGAUCUUCAAAAUGUGAUGAUACCCAGCACUCAGGCGCAAGCCGGACUGGGUCUCUACCCAAAAAAUGAGGUCCCCUUUCAAGAGCACAAAAGCACAUGUCAAGAAAAGGGACGCAAGUGGGGGAAAACAAAGAAGAUCAAAGAACAGAUCUUUGUCGACUCACACACCUGUCCCUGCUUUUCUAACACUUUCAUUUUAUAACUCAAAUGCCUCCGCCACCGCACCUGGCUGGUAGAUAUAGCGACACAAUCUGUGCCCCCCACCCCCGCCCCUGCUCCUCCCUCCCGCCUCUCCUGUGCAACCGUCUUGGAUGUGAACUGUUGCCGAAGUCAUCGGACCCCCUCUUACAGCCUAAAGGACCCCUGUCGUAGCUCUACAGUACCUGUGUCUUCAUUUCUAUUUCUCUGUCUGUCUGUAUAGAGUCGUCUAACAAUGCUGGCUAGCUGGACCAGACCUGGCUGAAGUAGCUUAGGUCCAACUGACCUGGCCCUGACCGCUUGUGGUUGUGAAAGUGUGACCAGGUCUGGUUCUGGUUCAGAAACGAGUGAUUCUCUGUCUUGUCAUGCUUGUCUUUGUAGUUCCCCCCCAAACCCCACACACUCUCCCAUUUCUGUACACCCUGACAUGAAUUCAUAGCUAAGCAUUGUCUUACUCAGCUUGCAUGGGUUGGCCAGUUGGUCAUGUGUUUGUAUGUCUACCCUCCUGUAUCAUCAGUGUAAGUGUCCUGUCUUAAGUGUUGCUGUCUUUCCAUGUUUUUUCAUUAGGGUCUAUGGCCGGCUGUGAUCCUCGGUGGUAAAAUGACAUCGAGCUACUGAAAGUUGUUAACCUACUAAAAGUCUCUGUCUGUAGUAUCCACUGAAUUGUAGAAGUCAAUGGAUGAUAUCAUUUCUAAUGUUGUUUUGAUUUCCAGUACACGUAGAUUGAUUAAGACACUAACGGGUAUGGUAUUGGGAGUUUCCCCAUCCAGAUAUAACUGAGAUUCGUCUGAAGUGCACUGUUUUGACCGUUGAAAAGCAGACACCGACUGCUCUGAAACUAAGCUCACGCUGGACCUGCUACACGCAUGGCAAUGUCCAACGGGAGGACAGAUUCAGACCCUUUCCCCCCAUGAGUGUAGUCUAGAUUCUGUGGUCUUCUCUGUCUUAAGCAUCUCUUGCUUUAUAUAUCUCUAUCGAAGCACUGCACAAAAUAUGAAUACAAAACAGCUAGCUAAGCAAUGCCAUUUCUGACUGCCAAAAACAAUGUGCUGUGUUUACUCUUGUGUGGAUAUUAAAAGACCAACACUGUCAUAAAGGUGCUCGUUAUUUAACCGUGUAAAAAGCAUAAACGUUAUUAAAAAAAAGAUGAAGAUAGAGGACGGGGAGUUUGUUGACCAAGGCACGAGCGACGAGUUGCAUAAACUGCUUAUUACUGCCACUGUACUGUCCAAUACCUCCACACCAAAGUGUCUUUCCUCCAUGUGUUUAAAAACAGACGUUUGUAAUCUGUAGCAUACCCUGCCUGCCCCCGUCUCCCCUCCCCCAUGUCUUAAUGUGUGCGCGCGUUUUUUGUAUGGGUCCUGUGAAUGAAUGUAAAUGAAACUCUUGAGACCGUCAUUGUUGUAUCUGUAAUAAAAAGAUGUACGACCAGCCACUUAAUAACUAGACAAAAAUAAAUAAAGGAAUUAAAAAUGAUAAA